AUGAACGACGACAAUGGCUUAUCUUCAGCGGCUACAGAGAAUAAGGCGAACGAAGGCAGAAAUGCAGAUUCUCUACCAGCUAGUGUCUCAGCCGUUUAUGCUCGACUGCCUUUCCCGCAAAUGUGCAACAGCAAUAUUGAAGCUUGGUUUGUAACCAUGGACUUCUGGUUUACAGCAUCGGGUAUUAUUUCAGACAAGCAAAAGGCAGCCACCGUGCUAACAGCGUUAAGCCCUAAUGUAAUUUCGCAGUUAACCGAGGUUAUUGCAGCGAUUCCGGUGACAGACAGAUUCGAUUAUAUCAGGCGCAAAAUAAUAGAGCAUUUUGCAGACAGUGAGCAGAGGCGUCUCAACAGACUGUUGUCCGAACUACCCCUUGGCGACAGAAAACCGUCCGAGCUGUAUUUUGAGAUGAAGCGAGUAGCUGGUAGUACUUUGGGCGAAGCAGCUUUAAAGGGGUUAUGGACGAAGCGGCUGCCUCAGUUUGUUCAGCCUGUUGUGGCUGCGUCAACGGGUACAGCGGCAGAGUUUACGAAAAUCGCAGAUUCCAUUGUUGAUGCUGUUUCACCCGGACAAUUGUGUCAAGUGAGAGACCAAUCAAAGAGCGAGCUAAACGAUUUGCGGGCAGCAAUAGUGGAAAUGGGUAAGGAGCUGGACGAAUUUUCUUUGCGAUCACGUUCUCGAUCCCGCAGGCCAACCACAGGACGAAAUCAAUCUCGAAGGCGCGACAAGAGCCAAAACAACAACGAUUCUUUUGAAGAAUGUUGGUACCAUCGGACAUAUGGCCGUAAAGCGCAAAAGUGUCGAAGCCCAUGUAAGUACAAACAACACCAAGCGAAUGAAGUGCGGUCCGGCGAAAACAAUUGA